AUGCCAUUUGUUGUGCGUUUUGCUCAGGGCAAAGACAACGACGUCUUUCGCGACGCCGCAAUAAUUCGAGAUUCCAUUUUCAUGCAGGAGCAGGGUGUGCCGGCCUCGCUGGAGCACGACAGCCAUGACGCGUACGCCAUUCACCUCGUCCUCUACGACGAGGAUGCCUCUGACAAUCAAAAACAACGGGGAGGAGAAAAGAAGUCUCUGCCAAUUGCAGCGGCGCGGCUUCGUGUGGUCAGGCACUGCGGAGUCCAUGCGUACGACACACCCGUUGUGAAGGUGGAGCGUGUGUGUGUGCGGCGACCGCACCGCGGCAAAGGGUGUGGGUUCUUCCUCAUGCAGGAGGUGGAGAAGUACGCGAGGGAGAAGAUGGGGAUUUCGACACUCGUUCUUCAUGCAAAGACGCCAGUAAAAAAAUUCUACAAACGCCUUGGCUUCCACGAGACAUCGGAUGAAUUUAUGGAGUCCAACAUAUCGCACAUCACGAUGUCGAAGAUGUAA